CAAGUACACAUCUCGUCAUUUACUCAUCGAAUAACGUCAAAGAGAAACAUUGUGCUAAAAAUGGGUGGACGUAUCGACUGUUACCUAGACAUUGUGUCAUUCUACAGUUAUGUAGGAUAUGCGGACUUGAGACAGAACAUGAGCAAACUCGCUGCUCAUGGAGUGAAAGUGAAUUUCAUCCCUGUCUUUUUGGGCGGCAUUAUGCAGACAUCAGGAAACCGUCCUCCAUGGGUUCUCAAGGCCAAGGGGGAAUAUCUUGCUAGAGAUUCAUUCCGCGCUGCUGAGCGUCUUGGGGUUCCCUAUCAAGGCUCGCCACCCGAUAUCGUUGCCAUCGCAAAGACCGUGUCACCACUCCGCGCCUUACACUUUAUUAAGGAGAACUACCCAGAGUCAACUUAUCUCGCUGCAAUCAGAUUCCUCUUCCACAAGAUAUGGCUGCCUCCUCAUGUCAAUCUUGCCGAGGACGAGAAGCUCAUUGCAGCUCUCAAGGAAGCAACGGAUGAGCUUGAUGGAGGGUCUGGCAAGAAGCUGUUCUCUGAUGAAGAUGUUGAGAAGAUCAUGAAUGGAAGGGAGAGUAUGAAGGAGAGGGUCAAAGAUCUUACUGGUGAAGCGGUUCAGAAGGGCGCUUUUGGAGCUCCUUGGUUGAUUGUGACCCGCGAUGAUAGCAAGUCCGAGGCUUUCUUUGGAAGUGACAGAUUUAACCAUAUUUAUCGGUUUUUGGGAGUUCCUUUCAAGGAUGUUGAGAUUUUGCCUCCAUCAAAGUUGUGAGGGGAGUCUCACUCGAUAAGCUUGGUGGUUAACAGAAAGAAAUCAUAAGCCUAGAACUGGAUUUGUACCAACAAUGAAGACGGAAUUUAUUGCAGAUGAAAAGAAACGCGACCUAUUACUUCC